AUGUCAUCGCCAAUUCCUCAGAGCUCGCAGAAUAUAGAGGUCACAGACAACGACACUCCAAGUACAACCCCUCCAGCACCGGUAUCAAGAACUGCUACGCCUGUUGCUGACAUAGAAAUGGUUGAUGCGAACGAAGAUCAUAAUGAAACCUUAGACAACAACUAUGACGUUGAUGUUGAGAUCCAAGGCGUUGAAGAUACUAAAGCUCCACCGGCUGAAAUAGAAGAAGAAGAAGACGCCAGCUUGACGCUCCCGGUAUCGAAAAUCAAAAAGAUUUUUAAAAUGGACCCCGAUUAUCUAGCUGCUUCCCAAAGUGCAGUCUAUGCUACUGGGGUUGCUACUGAACUAUUCAUACAAUACUUAGUAGAACAAGCAUCUCUUUCAGCUAAGGUUGAUAGAAGAAAGAAAAUCGUUUAUAAGGAUUUCAGUAACGCAGUAUCAAAUCAAGAAGCAUUACAUUUCUUAUCUGAUACUGUUCCUAAAACUCAACCAAUUGGUGCAUUGAUAGAGAAUAAAAAAGUUAAUUUGAACCAAGAAGAUCAAGAGAAUUUCGAUCAGCAAGUUAACAUUAAUACAGUAGAUGAUGCAGGGGAUAUCGAAAUUGACGAUGCUAAUGCACAACCAAAAAAACCUUUGACAAAAGUGGCUCCUGUCUUACCAAAGGGUCAACAAACUUUGAAUUUUGGUAUCCAGAAAAAAGAAGCCAAACCAAUAAAAAAAGCAGUUAUAGAUGAUUUGGUUACAGCUGAUGAUAAUAUGGAAACAACACCAGAAGGAGAAAACUGA